CUGCUCUUCGAUCAAAACAAAGCCGUUAUAGAAAAAUACAUAUGUAGAACGUCGUGAACGUAAAAUUAAAACGAACAAUGUUUUUCGCAAAUAGGCGCUGCAAUUGACACAAAUAUGCAUAUGGAUAAAGGGCGAGACAUAAAUGGUCACAUAAAUCACGACGCACGUGGAUACCAAGCUUUUUGCAAUGCAAAUGAAUAUGCGUACAAAUCAGUCACCUACAUGUUUUUUAUCAGUAAAAAACAAAAACAAAGACAAAUCGCCGCCUCCAAGUCGGCAAAAUGUUUUGAAGGUCUAGUUGGCAUUAUAAAAUCGCAGCCCAUCGUAAAGACCGACGACAAUGUUCUGAUUGAUCUGACGGAAAUGGGCGAUGCUGUUUUUGGUAUACCGGAUGCGGAAACAACUGGCGUACUAGUCGAUGCCCAAGACGCGGAGUCUGCGCAGAAUCCCGAAGAGCUAGGCACUUAUCUGGAAGGCGACAUUCUCAUCCCACUAAAUAAUGAGCAGGCGGACAUCGAAGGCAAUCGCAAUGGUUUGCUGGCACUGAGCACACACUGGCCUGGCGGCGUGGUGCCCUAUGAGAUCAAGGGUCAGUUCACAUCACAAGAACUGGGGAACAUCAAGCACGCCUUCAAUGAAUAUCACAGCAAGACGUGCAUUCGUUUUACGCCGCGUACCAAAGAAAAAGAUUACAUAUCCAUUGUAAGCGGCAAAACUGGUUGUUGGAGCAGCAUUGGACGUCUGGGUGGACGCCAAGAGGUCAAUCUACAGUCGCCCAACUGUCUGCGUACCUAUGGCACGCCCAUCCAUGAGCUGAUGCACGCAGUGGGCUUUCUCCACGAGCAGAAUCGUUACGAACGUGAUGGCUAUGUAAAGGUGCUGAGCGAGAACAUAAAGCCCACGAUGAUGGCCAACUUUGACAAGGGAAGCGCAAAGCAACAUUCGGGCUAUGGUGUAGACUAUGACUAUGGAAGUGUGAUGCAUUAUUCACCCACCAGUUUCAGCAAGAAUGGGCAGCCCACUUUGAAGGCGUUGCGAAGCAGCAAGGAUGCAGCACAGAUGGGACAACGUCGCGGCUUCUCGGAGGGCGAUGUGCGCAAGAUUAAUGCCAUGUACAAGUGCAAGCUUUGAAUUUGGUUUUAUCUAUUAUUUAUUUAACAAAAAAAUAUAAUUAUACAAUUGGCGAAAUGUGCAGCAGACUUGAUGAAGAGUCACUUUAGUGAUGCGGCAGAUUCUUGUUUGUCUCGAAGAAGACGUUGCCCUUCAUGGUGAGUUCCUUGCAGAGCGUUGAGAAGCGUCGAAUCGCAUUGUAGGUGUUGCUGCUGCCACUUGCCACCGCAUCUUUCAAGUAUAUAUAUAUACACAUGUUGAUAUAUACAUUUAUACAGUUGAAUGUUUACGAAUAUGUCUAGGACUUGCAUGCAGAGUUUCUUUUAGGGAUUUGCUAGUAUUUGAGUUAGAAUUCUAUUCGUUGCUCCCUUUUUGGUUGUGGUUAGUGUGGACGCGCCUUCUUACCUCCACCUGCCAAGGCGCCGCCAUCUGCCACCCCCCAAGUCCAGGUUCAUAUACAAGGCCAUGUUGCCAGUGGAGCCGUGACACGAUCGAUUGUUGAGAAAGUCACGUAUGUGCUGCACAAUCAAAUCGAUGGCCACUGGAAGCAAGACACAAGAAUUAUGAGUGAUGAACUUGUUCGUUAAAUGGCUUACUUAAUUCUUGAAUUGUUUAAAAUUAUACUCAACGGCAGCAACUCAACAAAGUGAAGCGUUUAAAUGUGAGUGUGUUUUGCAACUCGGCCACUUACCUUUUUAGCCAAAUUUUAGCUGAACCAUCUCUCAUGAUGCAAUCUCGCUUGAAACUAUAAAGUACUCACUUGUGAACAAAGAGACCCAUAAUCGAA